CUGUGUCCUUUCAACUAGAAAUGAGCACAGAGGCAGAACAACAACUUCUCCACGAUGCCCGGAAUGGAAAAACAGAAGAAGUCAGACAGCUGUUGGAAACCGUGGAGAGAAAGGAGGUGGUUGCUAACAUCAACUGCAAAGGUAGAAGCAAAUCUAACUUGGGUUGGACACCGCUUCACCUGGCGUGCUAUUUUGGACAUGGCCAAGUGGUCCAGGAUUUGCUGAAGGCGGGAGCAGAAGUGAACGUGCUGAACGACAUGGGAGAUACUCCGCUCCAUCGGGCAGCCUUCACCGGGCGGAAGGAAUUGGUAAUGCUGCUUUUACAGUAUAAUGCAGAUACAGCUGUUGUCAAUGGGAGUGGACAGACUGCCAAAGAUGUUACUCAUGACAAAGAAAUAAGAAACAUGCUGGAAGCGGUAGAAAAAACCCAACAAAGGAAACUUGAAGAAUUGCUUCUGGCAGCCGCACGGGAAGGAAACACAGCCGAACUCACAGUAUUGCUGAACAGUGCCACCCCGCCAGACGUGAACUGUUCGGACCCGCUGGGGAAUACGCCGUUGCACUGUGCAGCCUACCGGGCCCAUAAGCAGUGCGCGCUGAAGCUCCUGAAGAGCGGGGCCGAUCCCGGCAGAAGAAACCAAAACGAUCAGCGGCCCAUGGACCUGGCCCAGGGAGCCGAAAUGAAGCACAUGCUCGGAGGUAGUAAGGUUUUCUACAAACUUCUGAGACGUUACGAAGGCCCUCUCUGGAAGAGCUCAAGGUUUUUUGGUUGGCGACUUUUCUGGAUAGUGUUAGAGCAUGGAGUCCUCUCGUGGUAUAGGAAACAGGCUGAUGCAGGGAGUAACGCUCACCGCCAAGGCUGCAAGCACUUGACCCAAGCCCUCUGCACGGUAAAGUCCACUGACAGCUGCCUUUUCUUUGUUAAAUGCUUCGAUGACAGUAUUCAUUGUUUCCGAGUUCCUAAAAAUAACCUUCAGCAGUCGAGAGAGAGCUGGAUAGAGGCCAUAGAAGAGCACUCCGCAUACAGUACCCACUACUGCUCCCAGGACCAGCUGAGCGAUGAGGAAGAGGACCAGGAUGGCAUCUCGGCAGGAGAUUUGAAAGAAUCUCUGAAGAAUGCACAGGCGUGCCAACAGAGACUUGAUGAAGAGAUUUCCACCUUUCUCAAAAUGAUAAAAGAGUGUGAUACAACCAAAGAAAUCCUUCCCUCGUUUCUUCAGAAAGUGGAAGUCGUCUCCGAGGCCUCCAGAGAGACGUGUGCAGCUCUAAGUGACUGCCUUAAUCUCUUCACAAAGCAAGAAGAGGUGAGGAAUUUAAAAUUGGAGCACGAACAAGAGAAAAACAAGAUCUUGUCAGAAGCCUUGGAGACGUUGGCCACAGAGCAUCAUGAACUAGAGCAGUCUCUCGUUAAAGGCUCCCCUCCUCUCAGCAUUCUUAGUGAAGAAGAAUUCUAUGAUGCUCUUUCGGAUUCUGCGUCGGAGCUGUCGCUGAGUGGGCUUGAAGCGGUGACGACGCACUCAUUGGAAGAGGAGGCAGAGAGCGGGAGCCCUCCGACCGCCGGGAUGUCGGACGGCAAGGAUUCUGGCGGUGGCGGAGGCGGAGGAGGUUCUCUGGCCAAUGGCAUCAAAAAACACAGAACCAGCUUGCCCUCUCCGAUGUUUUCGAGAAAUGACUUCAGCAUAUGGAGUAUCCUCCGGAAGUGCAUUGGGAUGGAGCUGUCCAAGAUCACCAUGCCCGUCAUCUUCAACGAGCCCCUGAGCUUCCUGCAGCGACUCACCGAGUAUAUGGAGCACACGUACCUCAUCCACAAGGCCAGCGGCUUCUCUGACACCGUGGAAAGGAUGCAGUGUGUGGCCACUUUUGCUGUGUCUGCCGUGGCUUCUCAGUGGGAGCGAACGGGAAAACCAUUCAACCCUCUGCUGGGAGAGACAUACGAAUUAAUUCGCGAUGACCUGGGAUUCCGACUCAUCUCCGAGCAAGUCAGCCACCACCCGCCCGUGAGCGCGUUUCACGCCGAAGGCCUGAACAACGAUUUUGUUUUCCACGGCUCCAUUUACCCAAAACUCAAGUUCUGGGGCAAGAGCGUGGAAGCAGAGCCCAAGGGAACCAUCACGCUGGAGCUCCUUGAACACAAUGAAGCCUACACGUGGACGAACCCUACGUGCUGUGUGCACAAUAUCAUCGUGGGGAAACUCUGGAUCGAACAGUACGGCACCGUAGAAAUCACAAAUCACAAGACCGGAGAGAAAUGCGUGUUGAACUUUAAGCCCUGUGGCCUGUUUGGAAAGGAGUUGCACAAAGUUGAAGGCUACAUUCAAGAUAAGAGCAAAAAGAAGCUGCGUGUGCUGUACGGGAAAUGGACUGAGUGCCUGUACAGCGUGGACCCUGCCACCUACGAUGCUUACAAAAAAAAUGAUAAGAAAAACACCGAAGAGAAGAAAACCAGCAAGCAGGUGAGCGGCUCGGAGGAGCCGGACGAAAUGCCCCUGCCGGACUCGGAGGGCGUCCAGGUGAUCCCGGGCAGCGUCCUGCUCUGGAGGAUCGCGCCCAGGCCUCCCAACUCGGCCCAGAUGUACAACUUCACGAGCUUCGCCAUGGUCCUGAAUGAAGUAGAUAAAGAAAUGGAGAGCGUGAUUCCCAAAACCGACUGCAGGCUGCGACCCGACAUCCGCGCCAUGGAGAACGGAGAGAUCGACCAAGCCAGUGAAGAAAAAAAGCGCCUGGAAGAGAAACAGCGAGCAGCCCGCAAAAACAGAUCCAAGACCGAAGAGGACUGGAAAACGAGAAAUCCGGUGCAGGGACCCAGGUGGUUCCACCAAGGCCCCAACCCCUACAGCGGCGCCCAGGACUGGCUCUUCUCCGGCAACUACUGGGACAGAAACUACUUCAACUUGCCCGACAUCUACUGAAACACAGCCCGAGAGCCGGGCUCACCUAAGACAGUCUUACGCCUCGGGUUUUUUUUUAAAAGGUUGUCUUUCCUCUGUUUCUGUUCGUCUCGAAGAAACCCCCGGCUGCAAAAUGACGCUUCUUUCCGGUGCGUGCCCGGUAGUGAACGAGGCAGCCGAGGUGGGAGUUUAGAUGACUGAAAAAAUCCCUUUUUAGAAGGCAGACUGUGGGUGGGGGAGGGAGGGAGCGAGGACUCCCUGAUUUUUCAGUUUGCUGCUGCCAAGGGUGAGAAUGAAUUGGGGGAAAACGGGUGCCUGCUCCCACACAUACCCCUUAAGGCUUUCUACCGCCAUCCCACAUGUAGGAUGGUGUCUUGGAGACAUUUAGCCUGCCUCUCUGCCAGGCUGUGGUCAGAGCUAGGGCGGGGAAAAGUUCAUUGGUGAAAGAAAUACGGGUUUUCCUUGGUGAAGACGCUCCCUCCGUUCACCGCGGGCCCCCCUGCGCCUCCCCCUCACGGUCCUCCCUCAACCCUCCAGAGUAAAGUGCAGCUGGUGGGAGGUCGCUGGCGCCAUUUGACCUAAGGUUUUUGGCCUUCUCAGCUUAGCGCCCCGGGAAAUACUGCUUUCACGUUUCUCCAUAAUCAGUCUCAAAUGGAUCAUGAAGGAGUCAAAAGCCAUUGAAAUCUUGUAAUGUUGAAUGAAAAAUGGAUGCAAAUAGGACUCUUUUUUUUUUAAAAAAAAGAAAAAACCACCCAGUAACCUGUAAAAAAAAAAAAAAUGCACUAGACCCUGUAGGUGCCGGUCCGACUCAUUUGGCACGGCGAAACCUUUCCAAUGUGUCGGGGUUUCCCUGGCCUCUAGGGACCGGGGAAAGCCAAUUGCUCACGUGUAGGUGUCGGAAGUAGCAAAGGAGUCCUUGAGCAUCUUCCACGUCCGCAAGGCUCCUGUGCAGUCAGAUGGGAUGGAUGGAGACCAACUGUACAGUAGCUUUAACCCCAUUAAUUGGGGUGUGUAAUCUAAUGGUAUUUAUAGAGAUAUAAAAAAAUGUGGAGGCUCAUUCUCUCCAGGUGUGUGUGUGUAUAUAUAUAUAUAUAUAUAUAAAAUAUGAUAUAUAUAUAUAUAUAUUUACCUCCUCUAAAUUGAGACCCAGCUCUGGGAGGAAAGCCUGACAUUCUGCAUAAUGUUUUAAUUCUGUCAAAUCCAAUAAUUGAACUGCUUCUAAAUAAAGGCUUUAAACUUCC